GUCAGAAAUCUUAUUGGCCUUAAAGCUGUCAACAAUCCAUAAAAAAUAAUAAAGUUUUUAGUUUUCUAAUGAUUAGAUCAUUGAUACGAUAUACGAGAAAAUUUUCUUUUUCAUCGCAGAACUGGAACUUUAGAUUUAUAUGCAACAAUGUCAGAUAAAGGGACAACAACAGCACAACCGCUGGUGAAGAUAGGUCAUUAUAUUCUGGGAGCGACCCUAGGCACUGGCACGUUCGGAAAGGUUAAGAUCGGAGAGCACACAGUUACAAAUCAUAAGGUAGCUGUUAAGAUUUUAAACCGCCAGAAAAUAAAAAGUCUAGAUGUAGUUGGCAAAAUUCGUCGCGAAAUUCAGAAUCUCAAACUCUUUCGACAUCCCCAUAUAAUUAAAUUGUAUCAAGUGAUAUCAACACCAACGGAUAUUUUUAUGAUUAUGGAAUAUGUGAGCGGAGGAGAGUUGUUCGACUAUAUUGUUAAUAAUGGCAAACUGCAGGAAUCGGAAGCACGGCGUUUCUUUCAGCAGAUCAUCUCUGGAGUGGACUAUUGCCAUCGCCACAUGAUCGUACAUCGUGACUUAAAGCCUGAAAAUUUACUACUGGACCACAAUCGCCAUGUUAAGAUUGCUGAUUUUGGACUAUCAAACAUGAUGUUGGAUGGAGAAUUCUUGCGCACAUCUUGUGGUUCUCCUAACUACGCAGCUCCUGAAGUAAUUUCGGGUAAACUGUAUGCUGGUCCGGAGGUAGAUAUCUGGUCGUGUGGCGUAAUUUUAUACGCGUUAUUGUGCGGAACCUUGCCGUUUGACGACGAACAUGUCCCAACACUGUUUCGGAAGAUAAAGUCAGGAAUAUUCCCGAUACCAGAGUAUUUGAAUAAGCAAGUAGUUAGUUUACUUUGCCAAAUGCUUCAGGUUGAUCCACUCAAGCGAGCGACUGUGGAGGAAAUCAAGAAACACGAAUGGUUUCAAAAGGAUCUGCCAGCAUACUUAUUUCCUUCACCAGUGGAACAGGAUAGUAGCGUGAUUGAUACUCAUGCUGUAACAGAGGUCUGCGAAAAAUUUGGCGUGAAAGAGCAAGAAGUUCACAAUGCUCUUCUUAGUGGCGAUCCUCAUGAUCAGUUAGCGAUUGCAUAUCAUUUGAUUAUUGAUAACAAACGUAUUGCUGAUGAAGCGGCAAAGGCAGAGCUGAAAGAUUUCUACGUCGCUGGAAGCCCACCGGCUGCCCCAUCUCAUCCGGAAAGACAUACACCUGUAAAUGAACCGUUCAAGUCACCCUCAAUUCAUCCCGAACGCAUUGCUCCAUUACGUGAGAGACCAACUGUACCUGCUCCUGUGCCAUUACAAAAUAUUACUCCAACAGCUAUUCCGAUAGAUAAACAUCGUGGAACUCCAGUCAAGCGGGCUAAAUGGCAUCUGGGUAUAAGGUCGCAAUCGAAACCCAAUGACAUUAUGCUGGAGGUUUAUCGGGCAAUGAAAGCGUUAGAUUUUGAGUGGAAAAUAAUUAAUCCGUAUCAUGUCCGUGUCCGUAACUAUAACUCAAGAAAUGAAAAAUACGUCAAAAUGUCACUGCAAUUGUAUCAGGUGGAUGCAAAGAGUUAUCUUCUGGAUUUCAAAUCACUGACAAAUGACGAGGUCGAACAAGGAGAUGAUGUCAUCAUGGAAAGUCUCACACCCCCACCACCGGUUGGUUUUGGUGGGAUUGGGAUAACGAGUCAACCUACGGGGCAUCAUACAAUGGAAUUUUUUGAGAUGUGUGCAGCUCUUAUCAUACAGUUGGCUCGUUAAGUUUCUCCAGCUUCUAUAAAAAUUCUGUAUUCGCUGUAGGAAAUAUGUGGAAUUUAGUGGGAACGUAACAAAACAAAUAUCCAAAGUUUAUUUUACAUGUGAUUGAAAACAUUGGGUUGCCAUCAUGCAUAGUUAUCAGA